GGCACACCUUGACAGAGAUGUUUACCUAUGUACGUAUUCCGCGUCGAGUCAUCGCAUCGCAUGACGAUUCCGUACGGCACGUGAACAUCUGCAUGCUCGCAGUUAUGUGCUUCCAUUGUGAAAAUACAAGUGCUUUAUGGUGAUAAUAUGUCAAAACCAAACAUAAGGAAGAUAACGGCUGACCCUACGAAAUGUAAUACAGACUCUUCUCGACGGCCGAGUGUGUUUGAGAGGUUGGGCACCAAACCAGCGAUCGCCACCACCUCCGCUCAGAAUACAUCGGAUUAUUGCAGAAAUUGGGCCCUCAACGGCAGUUGUUCCUACGGCAAGAAUUGCAAAUACGCAAAUACACAUACAUUGAUAAGCCCAUCCAAACGUGCUAAGAAAGAUAAUGCGAUCGCAAGUACAUCUGGGCUCAUCGAAGAUCCUUUCAAACGGCUUACGUCAAAAAUCGUGAAAAAAGCAUCUCAUAGCCCUGAUUUAAAUAUAGAAGAGUGGAAUCAAACAGAUCUCGAGUACGAGGACGAGAAGGUAUUGGAAAGACGGCGGCAAUUGUUACAACGAGAACUGGAAUUACAAAUGAAGAAGGAUAAAGAAAUACAUGGCAAGGAUAAAGUAAAGCAGAAAAAAAAGGCUAUGAGCUCCUCCUCCAGUUCGCACACUUCCAGUACAUCUAGUAGCAGUAGUAGCUCCAGCAGCGAAGACUCAUCUUCUACAUCAACGUCAGAUUCACGAAAGAAAGUCAAGAAAAUCAAAACAAAGAGGCAUCACAGCGCUUCCACUGAUUAUGACGAAGAUAAAGAAAAGAAAAGAAAAUUGAAGCUCAAGAGAUUGGGAGCGAAAAACGACAAAGCCGUCAAUAAGAAGAAACGUAAGCUUGAAAACAAUUCCACAAAGAAAGAUCUUACCACUAAGUCAGUCAAGAAGCAUACUCCAUUAUCUGUAUCUAGAAAACAUUCUAGCUCAUUGCGCGCUAGAUCACCCGCGAUACAACAGGGAUCUACGAGUGGGAUUACAUCUACAUCAGCCGUAGUAUUGGGCUCGUCGAUUUCCGUAGCGCAUCAUGCAUCAUCAUCUGGCAAAAUACGGGAGAGAAACAGAAGCGAAUCGCCGAAAGUGAUGAAGGGUAAUCGGGAAAUGGAUAAGGAGGACGGCAGGCAUUACAAGAAAGUGCGUGACAUAGAGGUAUGUUUGUCCAAGGAUGCAUCUAAAUACAAGUCGUUCGAUAAAAUCAAGGAACAACAGGAUAAGGAGAAAAGUCGUGCAAGCGAUGAGAAGAUCAAGUCGGAUGACCGGUUGAGAUCCAAGUGCAUGGAUAAGGAUGUGCGUUCGCGUACACCACCGCCACCUCUAUCAUCAUCAGAGCGGUCAGCCAAGCAUCAGCACAUCAAGGAAAGCGUGCCCUCGAAGGCGCGACGUAGCCGAACGCCUGAUAAGACACCGUCAAGAGCGAGACGGGAUGUCACCCCAGUAAAAAAUCCGGAGAAACGAGGCAGCUCAUCGAGUCGUGCGAGAGACGCGGAGAAGAAGGAGCGCGACUCACACAAAAGAGAUAAGAGCAAAGAGCGGGAGGACGCGAAAAAAAGCGAGCAGAUCUCGAGUAAUAAGGCGAAGCAGACAACGAAUCAAGACGAAAACUAUCGCAGGAGUAACGCAAGCAAGGACAAUUUUGACGAAAAGACGUACGGUGGCGACAAGACGCGACAAAAGAGUCGCGAAGGUCAGCGCGAAAAAGACAUAAGAGAGGAGCGUCACUCGAGAUUGACUCGCGAUCAGCGCCAGGAACCUCAGCGCGAUAAAGAUAAGGAUGAAUCUCAGGAACGUUGCCGUAACGAGAGGCAGCGAGAGCGAGACCGCGAUCGGGAUCGCGAGAGGGAACGCGAACGCGACAGAGACAGGGAUCGCGAGCGAGAACGAGAGCGCGAGCGCGAUCGUGAACGGGAGAGAGAUCGAGAGACACGAGAACGAGAUCGCGAUCGAGAUAGAGAAAGAGAAAAGUCUAUGAAGUCGCGAGAGAGGGACGUACCUACACUGGUUUCGUCCACGACGUUAAAUCUUCCGGCGGAUAAGAGUUCGCGUUACAGCAGCAGGAUGAAGGAACGACCUUUGAGUAAGGACGUGUCGUUUGAAAAGAACAGCGGGGUUCGCGAGCGAAGCAGAAGCGAACGCGAACGGGAGCGAUCCGAGACGAAGGCUCUCACUGAACGGGAACGAAAUUCGACGCAAUCGCGUCUGGAUGGAAGGUAUGAAAGAAGUGGCGCCAUCGAAAAGGACGCCUCGUCCUUAAAUCGCAGUAAGUCAAGCGUAAAUUCACCGCGAGAUCGCAUGGACCGUUUUCGAGAGACAUCCUUGGACCGUACGCCUUUACACGACAAGGGUGGGCAUACUGUGGCAUCGUCAAGCGUCCAAUCAACGGCGUCUUUACCGCUGGUGCCUACGACUUCGUCCUCGGCGAUUGUGACAUCCGCUCCACCGUCGUCUCGCGAUCAUUUGAUGGACAUAGUGGACAAUCACUAUGAUAGGGAUCGGCACGGAAGGAGGUUUGGCAUGAGAUACGAACGAGGACACGCAUCGGAACACAACAGCAGGAAGGAUCAGACGCGAAUCGAACCGAAUCGUAUUCCGAACAAGAUCGAUCGGAUAGUGGAUCGUCGGGACAUGACUAGUCCACGACGCGCCGUGGAAGUGGACAGGAAUUUCGGUAGAAAUUACGGCAGGAUGCCGGAGCAUUGGGAUGAGCAAGAAGAGUCAGCCCUUCACGUGGAAUAUCGCGAUCACACUCAUAUUCACGAUGAUGACAGGAGAAAAACCGUCGAGGGCAGACGGUAUGACAGUCCUUUUGAGGAGAGACGCGUCGCUCGCGAGGAGAGAUCUAAGGAGUCGAGGUACAUGAUCCAGACUGCGGAGCGAACGUCCUUUGAUGAUCACCGUCAUCAUCACCAUCAUCAUCGACAUCCUCUCUAUACUGGCGAUAAGCUGAGAAAUAGUGGAGCUGGAAUUAGGUAA